AUGACGAGCGAAUAUGAAAAGAAACGUUUAGAAAAUAUUGAAGCAAAUAAACGAAUAUUACGUGAACUAGGUUUAGAAAGGCCACCACCUGUUUUACCAAUUCGGCGAUUAAGACAAAAAGGCGAUGAUGUGAUUUCACGUGAUGAAAAAGAUUCUAGAGUAAGAAGAUCAUCCCGAUUAGCUAAAUUGCCAGUUAAAGUUAUUGCGGAAGUAUCAUUUGACGAAACUUAUAGAUCCAAAAAUGCGGAAUGGAGGAAAAAUCGUCCUGAUCCAAAGCAGUUUGGUGAAAUUACUGGUGUACAAGUUGGAGCUUGGUGGCCAACUCGCAUGGAAUGUAGUCAUCACGGUGUUCAUGCACCGACCGUUGCAGGAAUUGCGUUUGUUGAAGAUGAAGGGGCUUAUAGCGUUGCUUUAUCAGGAGGAUAUGAAGACGAUGUCGAUUGGGGAGAAGCGUUCACAUAUACUGGUUCUGGGGGACGAGAUUUGAAAGGAACGAAACAGAGACCAAAAAAUUUGAGGACCGCGCCCCAGACUAGAGAUCAAGUUUUGGCUGCUGGUAAUAAGGCCUUAAAGAUUUCGUGUGAAACUAGUAAACCCGUAAGAGUAAUUAGAGGUUAUAAUUUGAAUAACGAAUACUCUCCUGAAGAAGGAUAUCGAUAUGAUGGAUUAUAUACCGUUGAGAAAUGGUGGGAAGAAAUUGGUUUGGCAGGUUUUAGAGUUUACAAGUAUGCUUUUAAAAGAAUACCAGGUCAACUUCCAUUAGGAACUUGUGAAAAAAGUUGGUCUGAUAGUGAAGUCGAAGAUAAUGAUGAUUGA